AUGGCCGAGCCUGCCACCCUCCCCGCCUUCUCCUUCCCCCCCGCCCCCCUCUCCAGCUCGCCCACCGAUCCCACCAGCCCAGCGGGACUGCAGUUCGACACAGAGGCGCUCGCCUUGACCCCAGAGAAUGAGCCGUGGGAUCGCGAGCUCGAGCCCAACAUGGGCAUCAACCCGCUCAUCGACCCCUCCUCCUACCAGCCGCACAUGCUCAACCACGCCUGGUCCAACUCGUCCCUCUCCUCAUUCCACUCCACCCACUCCAACCCCGGCCUGCACGUCUCUACCGACUCGCCCAUCGAGAUCCCAUCUGCGAGCCACUCGCGCCACUCGUCCUACUCGUCGCUCAACGGUAUCGACACCAAGAUGCCCUGGAACCGCCCACCGUUCAUGGACAUGUACCCAGUCCAGCACGUCGGCGAGUUCAACCCCGUCAUUGCCACUGGUGACCUGUUUUCCGCCUCCGACAUCAAGCAACACCCCAAACUUGCCGUCCAGACCCAGGGUCUCGGCAAGAUCAUGACCACCAGAGAGAGAAGCGCGAGCAGGAGCAUGCCCUACAGCAGGCAGAGAUCCGAGUCGCUGUCCAUAAAAUCCGAAGAAGGCGACGACAUUGCCUCUCUCAUCUCGGCAUCCACCACCUACUCGGCCCAUACUCCGUGGUCCACCACCAACUCUAUCGCCGGUGGCUUCAACGACCUCUCUCUUCAUCACCGCCGCACGUCCUCCUCCACCUCCUAUACCAACACGCCCCUCCGUACCUCGCCUCCCCGCCCCAUGCUCUCCAGGGCCCGUCGAAGCAGCUCCAUGAUCAUCCCCCGCCAGCAGUCCCAAUCCGACCUCUCCAGAAACGAAUUCAAGCUCCAGGGCUCGGCCGCAGAGAGACAGGCCGUCGUCAGAAGCGACUUGACGGAAAAGGCAGACGAGAUCAAGGGGAUGAGUAGUAGCUCUCAGCAGGACAAGGCGAGAGCACUCUGGGUCAGAAGAUGCAGGCUCUUGAUGAGCUAUACGCGCUCAGGGCCGCAUACUGUCCCACGACAGGGUCUUUACCACUCGUACACCAUGUCCUGUGACGAGUAUGGUAUCAAGCCUAUCAACUCGGCAUCUUUCGGCAAAGCAGUAAGGAGCGCCUACCCUGGUAUCAAGACCCGUCGUUUGGGUGUCCGAGGCAAUUCGCAACUGAUGAUUCCCAGAAAAUACCACUACGUCUCCAUCCGCCCGGCUAUACAGAUUGAGGCCGAGCGCCUCAACGACUAUGGCGACUCGUCCGGCGCUUGGCACGUCGCACCCGAAGACGGCUCCAUGGAUUUCCAAUCUUCCAACGACCGCGACAUGGUCAUGGAUGGCGAAGAUGUCGACGACAGCGACGAAGAAGAUCAAAAGCCCUUUGGCUCCCUCAGCUAUCGCCCAUCCCAGCAGUCUCUAUCCAGGGACAGAUCAACCUCCAUCCAUGAGCUCUUCACCCCGCAAAGACCCAAGGCCGCGUUCACCAGGAGACAUACCACCAGCUCGGUCAAUUCUGUUGGCUUUCGCGCCAGUCAGUCCCAUGUGCGCGUCUUUUCGUUGCCUGGCUUUCCCACCCUCUCGGUGGCAGCAGAGCUCGGCAACGAAGUGUCGAUGGAAAGCCUCCAGAGCUUUUGGAACUCCUUCUGCCAACACGAGGAAAUCAUCGUUGAGUGUAUCAGAGGCUACCAUUUUGACCAGUACGAGAUGAAUUGCCGAACGUUCUGGAACUCUCUGCCUCCCUCGUUGGUCCAGGUCUGCCUUCACCCUGUCAUCUCGAGCAUGAUCACAGAGGCCAUGCUUGUCUGCUAUGACCACAUUGUCGGCAUCUUGCUUGAUAAGCUCACUUCGCCAUGCCCAGUGACCAGCCAGUGCUCUUUGCGCGCCCUUGCGGACAACUUGGAAGCCAUCAUGGAAGAGUCUCUCGGCAUCUUUCCCCAAAAUUUUUCGGAAAGCAAGGUUGAGAUGAGCGCCCGGGUGGCCCACCUCUUCCUCCGCUUUAUCGAUCUUCACCAGCUCACCGCUGCUCUCAGCCCCAUUCUCGCCAACCAGUCCCAAGUCCGCACCAUGAUUACCGCCUGGGAAAAUCUCGACGUUCGCAACGUCAGCGACCAGUGUGCCCUCUCUUGCCAGUGCCAACAAGACGUAAUCGAAGCCGUGCUCCAAGACUUUUACCACUGGCUGGUGGAGGCCGAAGAGUAUCUGGCGCAAGGUGGGUACGCCAUCGAUAGGCUCGGCGGUUGGGUGGACAAGAUGUUGAGGGAUGUGCAGGCCGCCACUGGGGGCGCGUCUCUGAGUGCCCUGGUAUGUAAAGUGGGCUUUGUCACUUCGCAAGUCAUGAGAGAUUUCACGUUGAAGAGCGACCAGACGUUUGGUUUGUUUCAACUCAUCAAAACUUGGUUGGAUGACUGGGUUUCCAUUGCCGCCCUCCGCAAGACCAAGCUCUCGAUCGGUAACGGCUCUCCUCCCGUCCCCACCUACAUUCCCGCCAUGAGCGUCUUUAUUCCCCAGCACGACACGAUCACCAACCCCGAUCUGUCCACGGCGGUGCCUUUUGGUCAGGGGUCGUCGCAGUGGCCCCAGUCGGGUCUACAUGCGCAUCAUCAGCCUUUUGAUGGACAGCAAGGGCAGUAUCUCGCUAUGCCCAGCUUUGGCAGCGAGCAUAACGCUUCGACGCCGCGGCCCAUGUUUGGCCAUGCCAUGGGUCAACAACAAUGA